GCUGCGUUACGUGUCUAUGCUAUCAACGACAGGGAUUGGCGACUAUCUGCCCUUGUCUUCCUAUUAUUCAUUCUACGCAGUGCUUACGACCUGUUUGAGGGUAUCAAUUUGUUUGCCGUUAACGUCCCUCCACCCAUCGGCUGUGUAGAUGGUGUUGCCUCCCCAGUGUCUAACCCGUUCGUAUUCUUUAUUGCGUCGAUGGCUGCGUCGAUGGCUGCGGAUGCUAUGGUGUUCAUCGUUACCUGGCGACGCACCUACCAUGUGGUACGAGGGUUCCGUCAGGUGAACAUUAAGACGUCUUUGAACUCAUUAUUGUUGCGAGACGGAGCAAUAUACUUCAUAUGGAUUCUCAUCGUGAACUGCAUCGUCAUGAUCACGAAUUUGGCGCCCAUCGAUCAAAGAGUUCCUGAACCUGUUACCAUUCCAAUAUCAACCAUCUUACUCUCCCGCAUGCUCCUCAACCUUCGAGAAGCAGGCCUUCGCACUAAUGUUCAUGGCGCGCCAGUCUCUUCCGACACCCUCGGCGCGUCCCAGUCAGCGACCAUAUCUGACCUAGACUUCUCGCCGCGGGGUGUUGAUGCAUUUGGAGCCAGCUGGAAUGACGAUGAGGGUGUGGGCAUGGACGAAGGCGAGAUCGUGGAUAACGACGAACUGGAGCUGGAGAUGAUGGGCAGCGAGACGACGAAGAUCGGGUCGGCUGAACCGUAGGACGUGCGCUUGGAGCUGUCCUCCACUUGUGUAGUAGUCGAUUAUAUGUGCUUGUCAAGGACAACACUACACUAUCGUAUUUGGUGUGGCGAUGUAAGUAGACAAUGCACGUCUAUUCCCGCCGCGCAGACCGGCACAUAAUUCACCGCCGGUUGAGCUGCAUCGGCGCCGC